AUGAAACCGAAGCUUUUGCUAGCAGCGGGCUGGGAAAACGGUGUCAUUUCUGUCGGAAACGACCUGCGAAGGAACGCAUCUUACCGUGUGGAUGACAAAGUCCUGGGCAAGCACUUCGAGGAUGAGUUCUUUCGCCAGUGCCCCCAGGUCUGCAAUACAAGCAAGUUCGACUGCGAGUACAGUCACCACGAAGGCAUCGGAACAAGCUACGAAGUGGAGCUGAAAGGUCACCUGGUGACGAUGCUCAGGGAGCCAAAGCAGCGCAUCCUCUCAGCGUUUCAUGAUCCAGUCUGGGCGCACGGCGUUGCCGGUGGAAGCGCGGCCAGCUAUGCGGAGAAGCAGCGAGGUGGCAUGACGUGUCAAGUGAUGCGCGACGGCGACAUGGACCCACCGCCCAAGGAGUGCAACGAGCUGACAGAGGCCGACGCGAGAUUGGCAGCAGCCAGACUGCGUGAAGGUUUUGCGUUUGUCGGAAUCACGGACGAGUGGGACCUGUCCAUCUGUUUGCUCCACCGCAUCUUCGGAGGAGACUGCCUGCGUUCCGACUUCGAGGACAACAGACCGAGUGUGGAGGGGGACAGCGACCAUCACAUCUACAACAUCUCAGAACUGGAGGGCUAUGAAGAUCCUGUGGACCGCAUCUUGUACAACGAAGCCAAACAGAUCUUCUUCGAGAAGCGCAUGGCCUACAAUGUGACAAUGGAGUCCUGUCAGCCGUGCUUCCAGAGCGCCAACCACAGCUUUCGUCCGUUGAGCUUGGACGGCAUUGAAAAAGGCUGCGCUGGCCAAACCAAUAUUCGCCUGAUCCUCGCAGCGGUUCUGAUUUUCAUGUACAGCCCGCGCAGCUACGCGUAG